CCCAUCACUGCGGCUUCCUCUAGGGCUACUGUAUGUAUGAUACUCACAAGUAUUUCUAGUCUUUUUGACUGGUAGGAUCAAGUAAUCAAGUAAUCAAGAUUCAAGAGUAUAUUUACUGUUCUACACCUGCACUUGUGAAUUGACAGAAUAAAAAAUUUUGAAAUGAAAAACUGAAUUGUAAAUAAAAAUGAGUUUAGCCAAUAACUUUUAAAUAUUCGAAGAUAUCAAAGUAUUGUUCCAGUGAUUAUUUUUUGUGAAGUCAAUAGAAAAGUUUUUUAUUACGAAUAAUUAAUAAAUUAUGAUAAACAAAGUGUGUGAAUGCAGAAUAGCAGACAGUAAUUCGGUAAAUUAAUGUUAAAACUUCGGCCAAGAUGGCGGAAUCUAGCUAUUAUCAGGUGAGUUGUCUCACCAACGGCUCAUCCGACCCUUGAUCGUCAUUGGUUAUUUUGCCAAUUCUAAAUACUAUUUCGAACUUCAACCUGUAGAUUUGAUUUCAACUAUUAUAGACUAGUGAAAUAAAUUAAGUCCAGAGUUUAAUGAAUCACAGUAUCAUGUAUAGUAUAUUAUGAAUAUCUGAACCAAAAAAAGACUGUUGUAAAUUGACGAUUUGCUGUUUGAUAGUGACGGUUAGUGUGCGUAUAAGCAGAAAGCGUAUACAAAAAUAAAAAUCACAUUUGUUAUUUGUCCAAACCACUAUGGAAACAUGACUGGAUCGCUAAAUAAAUGAUAUAAACCGACUAUUCGCUCAAUUAUUUAGCAGUUGAAAAAAAUAUAAAAUUUAAACAUUCACAUUGAACAAACAAUUAUAGCUACACAACGAUGAAUGAAUACUCGAGGCAACCAAUUUUGGCUGAGCUGUCUCUCAUGUAUGGAAUCGCUGUAAAUGAUCAAGCGCCAAUUCCAGCUAGGCUGGAUGAGCUGCGUGAACAUAUUCGACGAGAAAUCCGGAAAGAGCUGAAAAUUAAAGAAGGUGCUGAGAAAUUGAGAGAAGUUGCAACAGAUCGAAAGGCGCUGUCUGAUGUUGCGUCAAUUGUCAAGAAGGCAAACAGUAAACUUAAUAAGCUUCAAUCGCAUCUUUUACAAUUGGAGAGUCAGAUCAUACUCAUGCAAGGCCAACCACAAAGUCCACUUAAAGAUUGCAAUGGUCAAGAUACACCUUUGUCACCAACUGGCUCUUUAUCGCCAAAUCAAGAAGGUCUUAUAACCGACUUGCGGCUAUUGUCUCUCGAAAAACAACUUAAUAUCGAGCAAAAAGUAAAACAAGGUGCCGAAAACAUGAUUCAGAGUUUGACGAGUGGACACCGGGAUAAAAAGUUACUUCAAGAAGCGCAGCAAAUGCUCGAUGACUCAAGAGUCAAAAUUGAGUUUCUCAGGAUGAGAAUAAUGAAGAUUAAGCAAGCCCGUCAGCAACAACACGCACGGAGUGAUGAGCCAGUUCCAAAUGGCGCGUCUUCAGCUAGCAAAGAUAAAUACGAACCAAGUUUGGAGCUUGCCCUGGAAGAAAGAGUGGAAGAGCUGCGACACAGAUUGCGGAUUGAAGCAGCUGUGGUGGAAGGUGCGAAAAAUGUAAUUCGUCUACUUCAAAGUGCGAAAGUUGCUGACAAAAAAGCCUUAACUGAGGCGCAAGCAAGUUUGUCAGAGUCGAGUCGGAAAUUAGAUUUGCUGCGAAUGUCAUUGGACUUACGACGCCAAGAAUUGCCCUUUGACAGUGCAACAGCAGUUCAAUUGAAGCGGGAAUUAGCAAGUGUUCAUUCAACAAGUCCAGCUGCAGUGACUUAUACAUCAUUGCAACCAUUUCGAGGUCCUGUGGAAGGACGGACAUCAGUGCCAAUUUCAGUUUCGCGAUGUGCAGCUGUAACAGGUCAGUUAGAAGUUCGCUUAAUGGGUUGCCAGGAUCUUGCUGAGGAAAUACCAGGCAGAACGAAAAGAGAUCAUCAUCUUGCAAGUCCUGAUCUUCGGAGCUUUGUUAAAGGAGUCACAGGUCGUAGUUCAAGCAAGUCUUAUUCUGUAAAAGAUGAAACGAGCAACGAUAUUAUGGCAGUCAUCAAAUUGGACAAUCAGACAGUUGCUCAAACAAACUGGCGUCCUUGUUCCCAACAAGCUUGGGAUCAAAGAUUUUCUGUUGAGUUAGAUAAGUCACGAGAACUUGAAAUUGGAAUUUACUGGAAAGAUUGGAGAUCGAUUUGCGCUGUUAAAUUUCUUCGACUCGAAGAAUUUAUCGACGAUGUCAGACAUGGAAUGGCACUUCAAUUGGAGCCCCAAGGACUUCUUUUUGCGGAAAUUAAAUUUCUUAAUCCCAUGAUUUCACGAAAGCCCAAACUUCAGAGGCAAACGAAAAUAUUCAAGCAACAAGCAAAAAAUUUUCCUCGAGCAAAUCAAAUGAAUAUCAAUGUAGCAACAUGGGGACGACUUUUAAAAAGAUCAGCACCAUCUUUGCACAGUUCAAGAAACUUAGAAAGUUUGCCUUCCGGACCUCUGCCAAUAUUUACAACUCUUGAUUCAUCGAUGGAAGACAAAACGGAAACUCCUGGAGAAAUUCCCGAUCCAGAUAAAGGUGGUCUUGGUGGACAACGUCCUUUAGGAAUGUCACGAACUAAUACAAACCUUUCAGCGCCAUAUCAUCCGCCGCCGCCACCACCACCUUCUGUGCCUCCACCACCUCCACCUUGUGCAAAUAUUUCUAAAAAAAAUUUGUCGGUUUCUACUCCAGCGCCACCAUUUCUAAAACUCGACCAGGAUACUGCACUUAUGGAAUUCGAUUUUCUGCACAACAAAAAUGAGUUUGUUGCAAACUUGAGGCCGCUCGUGACGGAACCGCUUCCUCAGCUGAUAGCACCAUCAUUACCACGCACUUCUUCGCCCCAACCUGUUAUCGAGUUUCCCGAAGAUAAGGCUGGAUACGAGAUGCCAGGAAAAUCCAUGCAGUAUCGAGAUAGUGCAUAUGAAUCUCGAAAACAUUCAAAAGUGACUGGAAUUACGUUGGACAACUUUAGACUACUCUCCGUUCUAGGUCGUGGUCAUUUUGGCAAAGUCAUUCUGUCUCAAUACAAGAACACUGGUGAAUAUUUUGCAAUAAAAGCUCUGAAAAAAGGCGAUAUUAUUGUAAGAGAUGAAGUGGAGUCUUUACUCUCGGAAAAAAGAAUAUUCGAGGUUGCCAAUACUACUAGACAUCCAUUCCUUGUCAAUCUUUUUUCUUGCUUCCAAACCGAGGCACAUGUAUGUUUUGUUAUGGAAUAUGCUGCUGGUGGUGAUUUGAUGAUGCAUAUACAUGCAGAUGUAUUUGGUGAAUCCCGAGCAGUAUUCUAUUCAGCCUGUGUUGUUCUUGGUCUUCAAUAUUUACACGAAAAUAAAAUUAUCUAUCGAGAUCUGAAGCUCGAUAAUCUUCUUCUCGAUACUGAAGGCUACGUCAAAAUUGCUGAUUUUGGAUUGUGCAAAGAAGGAAUGGGUUUCGGUGAUAGAACAGGAACUUUUUGUGGAACUCCCGAAUUUCUUGCUCCUGAAGUACUCACAGAAACUUCAUACACUAGAGCUGUUGAUUGGUGGGGACUUGGCGUUUUAAUAUUUGAAAUGCUGGUUGGUGAAUCUCCUUUUCCUGGUGAUGAUGAGGAAGAAGUUUUUGAUUCAAUCGUUAACGACGAAGUAAGAUAUCCAAGAUGUCUGUCACUUGAGGCUAUUGCAAUUAUGAGAAGAUUACUUAGAAAAAAUCCUGACCGGAGACUUGGAAGUAGCGAACGAGACGCUGAAGAUGUUAAAAAACAAGCUUUCUUCAGACACACUGCGUGGGACGAUCUUCUUCUUCGGCGUGUUAAGCCACCUUUUGUUCCAGUCAUCCAUUCUGUUGAAGAUGUGAGCAACUUUGAUGAAGAGUUUACUUCUGAAAAACCUCACUUGACGCCACCAAAAGAUCCACGACCUUUGGAUGACAUUGAACAAAGCCUCUUCAAAGAUUUUACGUAUAUGGCUGAUUGGUGCUAAUGGAUAAUGGCUUCACUUUUGUCCAAUUAUACGUCCAAUAUUUAUUGGAAGAAGAACCACUGAGAUGGAAUAAGAAAGUUAUUCGAAAAAAUGAAUAAAAUGUUCUUAUCUUUAUAAAUCCCAUGAUCAAUUGAUCACUUGAUGUACAUUAUAUACUAUUUUAAAGAAUUGUAAAUCACUU